GAGUGCGCAUCACCACCACAGCGCUCUUCUGUCGGACACGGACGGAGCGAGCAGAGAAGCCGCUGCUGCUGUGUUCAGAAAAUGGCCGACAGAUUUUCUAGGUUCAACGAAGAGCGUGAUUUCCAGGGUGGGAAUCACUUUGACCAGUAUGAAGAGGGCCAGUUGGAGCUGGAGCAGGCGUCCUUGGACAAGCCCAUCGAAUCGGAUAACAUCGGGCACCGGCUGCUUCAGAAACAUGGCUGGAAGUUGGGGCAAGGCCUUGGCAAAACCAUGCAGGGACGCACCGACCCUGUGCCCAUUAUCCUCAAAUAUGAUGUCAUGGGGAUGGGACGGAUGGAGAUGGAGCUGGACUAUGCAGAGGACGCCACAGAGAAGAGAAGAGUGCUCGAAGUGGAAAAGGAGGACACAGAGGAACUGCGGCAGAAAUACAAGGACCAGAUGGAAAAGGAGAAAGCCAUUGCAAAGGCUCUGGAAGACCUGAGAGCCAAUUUCUACUGUGAGCUGUGUGACAAACAGUACACCAAACACCAGGAAUUUGACAACCACAUUAACUCUUACGACCACGCUCACAAGCAGAGGCUUAAAGAGCUGAAGCAGAGAGAGUUUGCUCGUAAUGUGUCAUCACGUUCCCGGAAAGAUGGAAAGAAGCAAGAAAAGAUGCUACGCCGAUUACAUGAGCUGGCUGAGCAGAGGAAGCACCAGGACCGUACUCCAGGAAGUGGGCCAAUGUUCAAAACUACCACAGUGGCUGUGGACGGGGAGAAGGCAGAAGAUGGCGACGCCACGACACCUGAGAAUCCUGCUUUGACAGACGCUGCCCUGGAAGGAUCAAUGGCAGAUAAAACUGGGCAAGCAUCCCCAAAGCCUGGCCCAGCCAUCAGCUUCUCUCUGGGAAAGAACAGCUCCUCCUCCCCAACCCCAAGUGGUGCAUCCAAAGUCAGUGUGUCCUUCUCUUUUGCCAAGAAAGCACCAGUAAAGCUGGAGACAGCAGCUGCAGUGUUUGCUGAUCAUGGUGAGGAGGCUAUGGAGGAAGAGGAGAGCCAGGAGGGGGAAAAGACUGGAGGACAAGAGGAGACAUCAGUCUGCGGCACAGACAGCCCCAAGGUGGUGUCAGGAGGAAGUGAAGGAGGAGAGGGCGGUAGUGUGGCAGGGACGGAGGAGGCGCAGCAGCCUGACGAUGGAGGCUCUCUAGCCUCCACACUUAAUAAACUGAAGAUGAUGAUGAAAAAGGAGGAAGGAUAUGCUGGGCAGGAGCCUCAGUACUAUCACUAUGUACCUCCAGCUCACUGCCGAGUAAAGCCUCACUUCCAGUUUUUGCUUUUCAUGAAGGCCACUGAUCAGUGUCUGAACAAAGAAGAGGAAGAGGAGGAGGAAGUGCAGGAGGAGAAAAAAGUUGAAGCUAGUCCUGAACAGACGGAGCCCAGUGUUACAGAGUGUAAGACUGAAAAAGAACAAGGUAAUGCCCCUGCAUCCCCUGACUCAGAGCCAACCCCUCUAUCACCUAACGUGAAGACAGAGAAUGACUCUUCAUGCGCAGCAGACACAGCUUCCACGCUACCCACAGUGGUACCCACUUCACCCACACAAAAGGCAGAGAGCACACAGGAGACUCUGGAUUCCACUUCAGGCCCUAAAAUCCCCACCGGUCCCUUCUUCCCAGUUCUCAGCAAAGAUGAGAGCACUACCCUGCAGUGGCCCUCUGAGCUCCUCGAAUUUACAAAAGCGCAGCCAUCCCUGUCUUACAGCUGUAAUCCCCUCUACUUUGACUUCAAGCUGUCCCGCAACAAAGGAGUGCGUGGUGGGAAAACAGCGAAGUCCCCUAAGCCUUGUGAAGAGUCUGAUGACAAGGGACAAGAGGUAGCAGCCUCAACAGCUGAAGUAGAUUCAACCACUAAACCUGGGACCAGCACUGACAAAGAUAAACCAAUGAUGAAGGGAGAGCCUGGCCAAUCAGAGGCCGAUGAGCAAAAGCCUGCAACUGGCAGCAGUAGUGCCAAGAAAAAAAAGAAAAAGAAGAAGCAUAAGAAGUCUGCAAAGCACUCAAAACGCAAAGGCAAAGAAAAAGGAGCAGCAGAAGGUGCAGAGGGAGAGACUGAGGUAACGCAAGAAAAGCCCAAAAAGAAGAAAAAACACAAACGGAAGAAGAGCAAAAACAAAGCUCCAGAUCAAGAUGAGGCAACAGGUGACGAAAAGGAGAAAGCAAAACCAAAGUCAGAAGAAAAAGCUGUUUCGUCCUCUGUUCAUUUGGCAACUGGAGGGGGUGGAGCUACAGGAAAUACAGGAGUAGAGCUGGGGAAGAGAAAACGUGCUACUAAGGAAGUGCCUUGCAAGUCUGGAGCAGAGGAAGGAGGAGCCAGAAAGGGCACAGACAAGGCCAACUCCUCAGAGGAGCACAGUGGCACCAAGCGACAAAAGACUGACUCCAGUGCACCUCAAAGUGCCUCCUGCUCCACCUCAGCCCAAAAGAGUCCUGGUCCUGGUAGACCUCCCAGCAGUGAGAGUGAAGAAGAAGGGGGCUCCAACACUCAACGUUCACGUCAUCACAGGUCAAGUCCUCGGGAACAACGCCGCCACCAUAGUGAGGAAUCAAGGCGGUCCUGCAGUCGUUCAUCAAGACGAGGGGAAAGACGAGGCAGCAGCCGUCGGCGCCAUCGUGGCCAAACUUCCCGUAGUCACUCGUACUCCAGCAGCUCUGAACGCUCCUCAGCAGGCAGCAGUGCCUACAGCCACCGUAGUCGCAGCUACUCUGACAGCUACAGUGACUACAGUACUGAGGGUCGCAGACGGCGGCGCUCCAAACGUUCAUCAGACUCGGAGUAUGAGCGCAGGGGUAGCCGAGGACGUAGACGAUCCAGGAGACAUCAGUACUCCUCUUCCUCCUCAGAUGACUCCCGCUCACGUUCUCGCAGCUACAGCCGCAGAAAAAGGCACCGGCGGCACCAUCGGAGCAGCUCGAGAAGCUCCAGUAGCUGGAGCCGCAGCACCAGUGCAAGAUCCUGGAGGCGCAGCUACAGCCGUAGCCACAGCUCUGCCAGCCGCUCCUCCAGUUCAGCCAAAGGCUCCCCUCACCGACGAGGCGCCAGGGGUCGAGCAGACAGUGACACACAUCGCAGAGACUUCAACCGCUCCCGCAUCUACCGAUCCCAGUCUCCACGAUCAUCUUCAUCACGAGGCCUUAACCGCAACACCCAUUCAUCUAGUUCACAGGCUCUGAGGCCAGGUGGGUCCCGAGAUGCAGGAGAACAGAAAAACUCGCUUACCGCACGCCAGCUUCUGGAGAAGGUCCAGUCCAAAAAAAGUGCUGAUGAUUCUACCACUGGAACAAAAUCUGGCAUUAAGAUUAAGGACCCACCACAGGGUUACUUUGGUCCCAAACUACCCCCCACACUGGGAAAUAAAGCCAUGCUUCCACUUUUUGGUAAGCUGCAGGCAGGGAAGAAACCAGUGAUUCCCCUAACCAGACCUGAUGAGGGAGAGAAGUCAGGACCAGGGAAAGGCUCUGAGGCUGAGGGAGAGGUUAUCCUGGUAGAGCCUAUAAGGGAGUUCCCUCCUCCACCACCACCUCCAGCUCCACCAGUCCAGAAGGUUGAGGAGGCCCCACAGAGCACAGUGGUACCAGAAGAAACGCAGCACCCCACUACAGAAGCCCAAGUGCACCAAGAACCCCGGCCAUUGUUUGAACAGGAACCUUCCAUGAUGAUGCCUCAGUACCAAGGAGAGUCAGGACAGGACCCUUCUCAGAACCCCAUGAUGGAGUCCCUCAUGCCAGAAAUGCAGCAGCAGCAGCAGCAGCCUCCUCCAAUGCACGCCUACCCUGCUUAUCCACCACCCAACCUGGAAGAAGAUGGCAUGGAGGCAGAGGAAGAUGGACUGGCUCCUUUGGAGAGUCAGCCCAUUACGUUCACACCAGAGGAAAUGGAGAAGUACAGCAAGCUGCAACAGGCUGCACAGCAGCACAUCCAGCAGCAGCUUUUGGCCAAACAGGUCAAGACAUUUCCCUCUGCUGCUGCUGCAGCCGCCGCUGCUGCUGCCGCUGCCAACCUGGCCCCAGCCCCCCCUCCACCAGCUUUGCAACAGAUCCACAUUCAGCAGCCAACCGUGUCAGUGGCCUCCGGCACGUCAAUCACCACAGUUCAACACGCCAUCCUGCAGCACCAUGCCGCCACUGCUGCAGCCAUGGGCAUCCACCCAGCACAUCCUCACCACCCACACCAUGCACAUGCCCAGUUAGCCCAGGUACACCACAUUCCCCAGCACCACCUUACCCCCAUCUCCCUGUCUCCUUUGGGCCCCUCCCUCGGUCACUCUCUGGGACAUUCUUUGGGACAUGCGGGGCUGAUUCCUGCCCAUCCAACAGCCUUCCUCUCUGGUCAGCCCAUACAUAUUAUCCCAGCCUCUGCACUUCACCACACCCCUUUAGCUCUCCACCAUGUCCCACACACAGCCCUCUACCCCACACUAUUCACACCUCGGCCCUCACAGGCUGCUGCAGCAGCAGCUCUCCAGCUCCACCCACUCCUACACCCAAUCUUUUCAGGGCAGGACCUCCAGCACCCACCUAACCAUGGCUCUUGAAUAAUGAUGCAAGUGAAGGAGUUUAUUCACAGCUCUAGGGGAAAGACUUGACCUGAACUGUCUUGGUUUUGAGUUUUAGAUCAAGUCUUUGUGCAGUCAGUGAGACAGGAAGCUGGUCAAUAAACCACAGUUUUUACUGGCCUACACAUUGCAGCAAGUUGUAGCCACAAAGUGGUGCUGCUCGUGUUGGCUUUAAAAUUGACACUAAAAUUUUCUUCUGGCUCAUGUGAGACUUUUUCAUGGUUUGCCCUGAAUUUUUAAGACAGGGUGUCGAUUUAAAGAGACUUCCUCAAGACAUCGGUUUAUAUUCCAUGUAGGGGGAAUGUUAACAGUACCCAUAUGUUUUGAUGACAAAUCAGAGAAACCACUGGAGUUUUUUUUUUUGUUUGUUUGUUUUCCACAUAAAAAUAUUAUUCUCUCAGUUUUUGCUCAUUUUGGCAGCCAAAGAGGGACACUAUGGCUGAAGCUAUAAGCAGAAUCAUGUCAGGAGAUGAGGAGGAGGAAGUGUAUUGUUCUAGAGAUGAACAGCUUCGACUGUGUAAUGUAACCUUCAGAGACAGACAAUUUCAUAAUUACUGAUGCUUUCUGUUCUCAUAUGACUACUUGCUUUCUAUUGGAUCCCUGGUCCCAAAAUAAUUUGUAAUGCAGUAAACUUGUACAUAUAUCAGUGUGUAAUGUGAAGAAUCCCACCAAUGAUGACCAUAUGAAAUUACAGCUAUGGUGUCCCCAUCGUAAGACGUUGUCACUUAAGAACCCCCUUAGUAAGUGAGGGGAAAUGUGAUGUAGGGGGUUUUAAUAUCCCUGAUGCUCUGAGGCAAAGCUCAUGUUCCCUUGUGGUGAGGGUACACCUGAAUGAAUUGCACUGAAAUCUGUACAUCAAGAUGGUGCUUUGGCAUCACGUAACAAUAAGAUUGUAGUAUACUGCAAUAAUUGUAUUUUUCUGUUUUUAAAUUAUUUUCCAAAAUGCUCUUUAAAAGAAGGGCAGUGUUUUGCUUUUGUGUAAUUUUGUAAAUAAAACUGCUGUAGAUUAACCUAUUAACAUUCUAGAGGUUUGAAACUGCUGUUGGAAAAAACAGAAUGUCCAGUUGGAUGGAAGAUGGACACUAUGUAUUUUAUCAAGGUUGUUUCUAAUUUACCCCAGCUAAGAUGGGCUGGGAUGGUGAAGGAUAGUGAUUGGUCAAACAGUAGCAACCCUGUAUUUUUUAAAGACUUACUCUGUUUCAGCAAAUAAAAUCUUGAGUUCA